AUGUAUUGUGCUAAAGUAGGAUAUCACACUCAAGUAGAUGUAGUCGAUGACGAAUUCGCAGUAGACCCUUGUAUGUUGCCGCACCACUGCAUUCCUAAGAAGUAUAAAGCGAACUAUGUGCAACGCUUUAUGUACGAAAACCUCCAGAAGAUCCGAAGCGAUCCUAAUUUCGAAGAUGCAGUGGUCAGAAAAAUUUGGCAGGAUAUGCUUGACGCUCUCCCCCUCCUGCGGGCUGUGCAAAGUCAUGAUUUACCGAGGACUACUCUUGAAAACCAGCCCGACGAUCUGACGAAGUUGGAUGAUGGAACACAGUUUCUGCAGUUGAAGCUACCGAGCUUAUACGUAUAUUAUUCGAGGAAAACCAUACAGAAAGCCGUAGAGAAUGAACUUGUUGCCCUAGUCGCGGAUGGGAUACACAAACUCCCUCCAGAAGAGCUUGGCAAGGACGGCCAACUGUAUACCAUCCAUGGAGUUUGUAAUGGUGGUAUUGACGUCCCACUGGUACACGUACUUAUGAAAAGAAAAAAUCAGUCCGUAUACGACAAAGUGUUCAGAAUGGUCAAAGAGGAGUUAGUAAACUACGAUGUGAAUCUUGAACAUCUGCGAAUCGUCAUCGACUUUGAGCGUGCAGUAUUGGCCUCUAUUAGAAAGCUUUUCCCCCCUCAAUGUGUUGAGGGUUGCGGUUUUCACCUCGCUCAAGCGUGGAACCGGAAAGCGCUAUCUCCAGGCCUGAAGCCCUCUGAAAAAGCCACGAAUCCAGGAUUGGUGGAUGGCGAUAAAGGGACUGAUUUUUCUCCCACCCCCAAAAAAAUCCCAGCUCUUUUUCGUCCACCUUUGCUUAGAAGGGAUCAGCCAUCAUCGGAUCAUCGAAGGCGCGCGCUAAUUACGCUGCCCGAGCUAGCGGUUCUAAAGGGCCGUCUCCCGUACGCCGCCCGUCAACAUCAGCUCGGCAUUGAGAACUCGUCCAAAUUGGAGUGA